AUGUCCAACUUCGAAUUAAGUAAAGGUGACCUUUACAAGUUAUUUACCGAUCAAGAAAGAUACGAUAACUCAUCCGGUGGUGUUUACCAGGUCUUCAAUGUCAGAAAGGCAGAUGCUUCUGGUGCCAAGAAAAAGCCUUUAAUUAUGAUCACCGAUGGUGUUUAUCACAUGAAGUCCUUGUUAAGAGGUUCAGCUGCCACGAAAUUCCAGUUACAAAGAGGCGAUAUCAUUCGCGUUACCGCUGGUGAAGCUAACUAUUUCCCACAAAGAAACAAAUAUGCAUUGGCUAUAGAUGAUUUCGAAUUAGUUGAAACUGGCGUUGAGUUGGUUAACAGAGCAAGUAAAUUCUUAGACGCUUAUUUUAAUGAACAUCCAAAUGAACGUUUGAUCGUACCAUCUUCAAAUAUUGAAAAUACAACCACUGAUGCAACUAGCGCAAACAAUGCCACUGAACAGAACCCAUCACAACAACAACAACAACAACAACAACAAAGAAAACAAUCAAAUUUCCCGAGCUCUCACUCUCAAAAAUCAAAGCCUAUUUUUGCCAUUGAACAAUUAUCCCCUUACCAAAACAUUUGGACAAUAAAGGCAAGAGUUUCAUACAAAGGUGAAAUUAAAAAAUGGCACAAUCAGAGAGGCGACGGCAGUCUAUUCAACGUUAACUUCUUAGAUACGUCUGGUGAAAUUAGAGCCACAGCUUUCAAUGAAAAUGCUGAAAAAUUUAGUGAAAUAUUGCAAGAGGGUAAAGUCUAUUACGUUUCUAAGGCUAGAUUACAACCAGCAAAACCUCAAUUCACCAAUUUAACUCACCCCUAUGAGCUAAAUUUAGAUAGAGAUACCGUCAUUGAAGAAUGUUUCGAUGAAGAUAACGUUCCAAAGACCCAUUUCAAUUUUAUUAAAUUGGAUGCAAUCCCAAAUCAAGAAAAUAAUACUAACGUGGAUGUUCUCGGUGUCAUUCAAACUGUUAAUCCGCAUUUCGAGUUAACUUCAAGAGCUGGUAAACGUUUCGAUCGUCGCGACAUUUCAAUUGUCGAUGAAUCCGGGUUCGAAAUUUCAGUCGGCUUAUGGAACCAACAAGCUAUCGAUUUUAAUUUACCUGAAGGUUCUGUCGUGGCUAUCAAGGGUGUCCGUGUGUCUGACUUCGGAGGUAAGUCGUUAUCCAUGGGGUUUAACAGCACUCUAGUUCCAAAUCCGGAAAUCCCGGAAGCUUACUCAUUGAAGGGUUGGUAUGAUAGCACAGGUCGUAAUGGUAAUUUUACAUCUUUGAAGCAAGAGGCAGGUUCAAAUAAUAUUUCCUCUGCAAAUCAAGAAAAAUUUAUUAGCCAACGUAUAACAAUUACUAGAGCUCAAGCUGAAAAUUUGGGGAAAAGCGAAAAAGGUGAUUAUUUCAGCGUCAAGGCUGCUAUUAGUUUCUUAAAAGUUGAUAACUUUGCAUAUCCAGCUUGUUCGAAUGAAAAUUGUAAUAAAAAAGUUAUAGAACAACCAGAUGGAACUUGGAGAUGUGAGAAAUGUGAAACAAACAAUGAAGCUCCUCAAUGGAGAUAUAUGUUGACAAUUUCAGUUAUGGAUGAAACAAAUCAACUAUGGUUGACUUUAUUUAAUGAUCAAGCAGAACAACUACUAGAUAUUGACGCUAAUAAACUAAUUGCUUUGAAAGAAAAUGAUCCAGAAGAAUUUACCAAGAUAACACAAAGUAUUCAAAUGAAUCAAUACGAUUUUAGAAUUAGGGCUCGUGAAGAUAGCUAUAAUGAUCAAACAAGAAUUAGAUAUACGGUGGCCAAUUUACAUAAAUUGAAUUAUAAAGGAGAAGCAGAUUAUUUAGCAACUCGAUUAUCAAACGCCCUUCUCGCUUAA